CGAGAUCUCAUGGCGCGUGUCGCAAUGAUAAUUGCUCGCUCGAUCUACCAAGAUCGAGGGAGAGAUCGGAGACGGGUUCUCAUUGUUGUCUGGACCACAGCGUCUCUCGUAUCUACGAUUUCCAACUCACAUCUUUUCGCAGCUAAAUGAUAAGAUUCUUCGAAGAAUAAAUAUGGCGACGAUAACAUCGGAAAUGACAGUGAUACGACCGAUAUAUCGUCAAGACGAAUUGCAUCGAGCGUGCAAGUAUGCGAAACCAAAGAGAAAUCUUACCGAAGAGAUGUCCAAGAGAUGGAGGAAAGCUAAUCCAUGGGAAAUAUUGAAAAAAUCUAUACCGUUGAUCUCAUGGUUACCAGAAUAUAAUUGGAGAAAUAAUAUUCUUGGUGAUAUCGUAGCAGGUAUUACCGUUGCCGUAAUGCAUAUACCUCAAGGAAUGGCAUAUGCAAUAUUGGGAAAUGUACCAUCCAUAGUUGGUAUUUACAUGGCGUUUUUUCCAGUUUUAAUAUAUUUUUUAUUCGGUACAUCCAGACAUAACUCGAUGGGUACAUUUGCGGUUGUAUGCAUGAUGACAGGUAAAGUGGUAAUAACCUAUAGCUCAUCAGAAAAUUUAUCGAACAAUAGCACUAAGAUUUAUGAAGAGAACAUAACGAUGACAACGGGUAUAAUCAAUAAUCAUUACACACCGAUACAAGUAGCUACCGUUGUGACAUUUGUUGUUGGUCUAACACAGUUAGGAAUGUACAUAUUACGAUUGGGUAUUAUAUCUUCGUUCUUGGCCGAUAGCCUAAUAAGUGGUUUCACCACAGCUGCUGGAUUACAUGUCUUCACGUCACAAGUGAAGGAUCUUCUUGGUUUAACAUUGAUACCACGAAGAGGUAUAUUUAAACUGAUUCUCACCUACUUCGAUAUAUUUAAUAAUCUCGAUAGAGUCAAUCUGGCUGCUUUGAGUAUAUCAACCAUAACUAUUAUUAUUCUGAUAUUUAAUAAUGAAUUCUUAAAACCAAGAUUUGCAAAAUUAAGUCCAUUUCCAAUACCUAUAGAAAUGUUGACAGUAGUGAGUGGUACUUUGAUAUCAAUGUACAUGAAUUUGACAGAAGUAUACAAUGUCAAGAUAGUCGGUGAUAUACCAGUCGGAUUACCAGAACCGUCGAUACCUCCACUUUCUCUGAUACCGAACGUUCUACUCGAUAGCUUCGUAAUUACUUUAGUUUCCUAUACUAUAUCUAUGUCAAUGGCUUUGAUCUUUGCGCAAAAAGCUGGUUACAAAGUAGAUGCCAAUCAAGAAUUGGUUGCCCAGGGUCUUGGAAAUCUUUUCGGAUCCUUUUUCUCUUGCAUGCCAUUCACCGCCUCAUUAUCGAGAUCAUUGAUCCAAGAAACCGUUGGCGGACAUACUCAAUUAGCAAGCUUGAUAUCUUGUACUAUAUUGAUCAGCGUCUUACUAUGGAUUGGACCAUUCUUCGAACCCCUUCCACGUUGUAUCCUAGCCAGUAUAAUAGUCGUGGCUCUUCAAAGUAUGCUGAUGAAAAUUACAGAAUUCAAAAAGUUUUGGAAAUUGGAUAAAAUAGAUGCCAUUAUAUGGGCCAUAACAUUUCUUACCGUUAUUUUGUUGGACGUCGAAUAUGGUCUACUCAUCGGUUUGCUUGUAUGCCUCGCAAAAUUAAUAGUUAUUGCUACUAAACCCUAUGCAUGUUUACUUGCAUUGGCACCCGGUACCGAACUCUAUUUGGAUUCCAAAAGAUACAAAGGAACCAUCGAGAUAGCAGGUAUUAAGAUAUUUCAUUAUUCGGGAAGUCUGAACUUUGCAUCUAGGCAACAUUUUUGUGAGAAAGUUUACAAACUCACUGAAGUGAUACCAAGAAAGGAAUUGAUGAAGAAACAUUCUAAAAAGAUCGUCGAAGAUGAAAGAACAGAAGAGAUAAAAUACUCAAAUCCCGACUUCAACGAACUAUCUGCGUGUUCAUCCCAGCAUCUUUAUAUUACUAGAAAUUCUUCGAAUUGUUAUUAUGGCAGUACAUCGGCUAAGGAAACUAUACGAACUCUAAUAUUGGACUUUUCGGCAGUAGUAUACAUCGAUCCUUCCGGUGUAAAAACUUUAAAAAAUUUAAUUAACGAAUAUAAUGACAUUGAUGUAUCCGUUUUUAUCACUGGAUCCUGCGGUCCUGUUUAUGAAACAAUGAACAAGUGUAAUUUAUUGGAAUCCAACGAUUCUACUUUUGGAUUAUUUCCUACAAUCGCCGAUGCUGUACAUUUUGCACAACAUCGAAACAAUGAUAGGUCGAUAUCCACGUGGACUACUAAUACUUUAGAAUAAAAAUAAUUAUAUAAAUAUAUAAAUUUAUAGAGAAAAAUUAGUGAUAUGAAAAAUAUAGGAGAAGAUACAAAUGUUAUAUGAU